AUGUCAAGUCCAAAUCACAGAAAAAGACAGGCCGACGACGGGGAUGCCGCAGGCCGGUCUUCUCCAUCCAUCGCGUCCAGUCCUCAAUUGCCCCCUUCUUCACCUGCUAUUCCAUUUGCUGACGAGGAAGAAGAAAUCAUCGACGAUGUCCACGAUCUCAAUGCCUCCGAUGAGGAUGACGGCGAGGACUUGUUGGACAACCUCGAGCAGGAUUACCGACGCAACGAGUCGCAGGACCACUACGACUUGGGAGAAGGAAACAUCGACGACGAGGAAUACGAGGAAUUGGACGCUGCAACGAGAAGACGGAUCGACCAGCAGAUGGACAGAAGAGAUGACUUUAUGGGAAGAACCAACGACCGGUCUCGAAGACAGGCAUAUAUGGACGACGACGAAGACGAUGAUGUGGGAGAGGUCGAUCAAUAUGGGCUUCCUGUUCAAAGACGCCGUAGAAGACAGUACGACGACCAUGACGAUAUGAUGGAAGGAUUUGAAAUCGAUCCUUUUAACGAAGAAUUGUCGCUAGAAAGCUUGAGCGACGUCAAGGCAGCUACUGUCACCGAGUGGAUUCUCCAGCCGGCCGUAUCAAAGUCAAUUGCCCGGGAACUCAAAUCUUUUUUGCUUGAAUACACCGAUGAAAAAGGUCGUUCCGUCUACGGUGCCAAGAUCCGAACUUUGGGAGAGGUCAAUGCCGAGUCGUUAGAGGUGUUCUACGACCACUUGGCCGAUUCCAAAGCUAUUUUGGCACUUUUCUUGGCAACUUCUCCAACGGAAAUGUUGAAGAUUUUCGACAUCGUUGCCAUGGAAGCCACUGAGCUCCAUUACCCCAAUUAUUCUCAAAUCCACCAGGAAAUCCACGUCCGUAUCACCAACUUUCCCAACUUGUUGACGUUGAGAGACCUCCGCGAAAGCAACCUUAAUUCGUUGAUCAAAAUCUCCGGUGUCGUCACUCGUCGUACCGGCGUUUUUCCCCAGCUCAAGUAUGUCAAAUUCGACUGCUUAAAAUGCGGUGUAGUUUUGGGUCCUUUUGUCCAGGACUCCAAUACAGAGGUCAAGAUCUCGUUCUGUACCAACUGUCGAGCCAAGGGACCUUUCCGCAUCAAUUCCGAGAAAACCCUCUACCGAAACUACCAGAGAAUCACUCUCCAGGAAUCUCCAGGAAGCGUUCCAGCAGGAAGAUUGCCCAGACACCGAGAAAUUAUCUUGCUCUGGGACUUGGUAGACAUUGCCAAACCCGGGGAAGAAAUCGAAGUCACGGGAAUUUACAAGAACAACUAUGAUGGCCACUUGAAUGCGAAGAAUGGAUUUCCUGUUUUUGCGACGGUGAUCGAGGCAAACUCCAUUAAACGCAAGGAAACAACAGCUUUUGGCGACGGCAUUAAUGCGUGGACCGAAGAGGAAGAGCGGGAAUUCCGCAAACUUUCCAAAGAACGUGGAAUCAUCGACAAAAUUAUCAGUUCCAUGGCUCCGUCUAUUUAUGGUCACAAGGAUAUCAAGACCGCCGUAGCAUGUUCCUUAUUCGGCGGAGUGCCCAAGAACGUCAACAACAAGCUUUCCAUUCGAGGAGACAUCAAUGUGUUGUUGUUGGGAGACCCUGGAACCGCCAAGUCGCAGAUAUUAAAGUAUGCCGAAAAGACUGCCAAUCGUGCUGUUUUCGCUACUGGGCAAGGUGCUUCUGCUGUGGGAUUAACGGCGUCCGUAAGGAAAGAUCCCAUUACUCGAGAAUGGACUUUGGAAGGAGGAGCGUUGGUUUUGGCCGAUAAAGGAACCUGCUUGAUUGACGAGUUCGACAAGAUGAACGACCAGGAUCGAACCAGUAUUCACGAGGCCAUGGAACAGCAGUCUAUCUCGGUGUCCAAGGCAGGUAUUGUCACGACAUUGCAAGCCCGGUGUGCCAUUAUUGCGGCUGCAAAUCCUAAUGGAGGAAAGUACAAUUCGACAUUGCCGCUUUCACAAAAUGUUGAUUUGACCGAGCCGAUCUUGUCUCGUUUUGACAUCUUGUGUGUUGUACGAGACUUAGUGAAUCCAGAACUGGACGAAAGAUUGGCCAGUUUCGUCAUUGACUCGCACAUGCGGUCGCACCCAGCACUGGCUGAAGAUGGUGAAAACGACGACGACAUGGAAGAAGACCAAGAUAUAAAUACACCAAGAAGGAAAACCAGACAGCAGCGGAACGAACAGGCUCUCAAAGAAAAAGAAAGUGAGAUUUCCCCCAUUCCACAAGACUUAUUGGUCAAGUAUAUCAACUAUGCGCGAGUCAAGGUUCUGCCCAAACUCCACCAGAUGGACAUGGAUAAAGUUUCGCGAGUGUAUGCCGACUUGAGACGAGAGUCCGUUACCACAGGCUCGUUUCCCAUUACUGUCAGACACUUGGAAAGUAUUCUCAGAUUGGCAGAGGCAUUUGCCAAGAUGCGACUCUCGGACUUUGUGAGUCAAAAUGACCUUAACCGGGCCAUCAAGGUGAGUAUAGAUAGCUUUGUGGGAGCACAGAAGGUGACUGUUCGAAGGCAGCUCCAACGGUCGUUUAUGAAGUACACGUUGCCGGUGCGGCAAGCCAGCUAG